CGGGGAUAUUUCAAGCCUCGUUUAGUCCCUAAUAGAUUUAUUCUCCCCGGAUUUUUUCCUCUCUCAUCCUUGCCCGACUUGUCAGCAUCCGCCAUUAAACGUCGCCAAUCGUUUCCUCCAUUGAUUGGCUAACUCACAUCACAAGUAAUAUUUUUCUCAGUCUCCACGACCUUCCCAUCUCCUGUGAUGAGUCGCGCGUGAGCCCCCGGGAGGGAGAAGAGCUCGUUGAGAGAGUGAGUAGCACCCUCGCUCACACACUGUAUCCAGCAGGACUUUCACACAGUCGCUAAAUGUCUCCGCGCGAUUAGAAGCUCUCUGUGACACAGCUCGUAGGGCGCGCUGUGAGAAACCCUCGAAGACUCCGAACUACGACGAUCAAUGACCUGAAACACUCUGGACUAUUACAGUAAUUGCACAUUAAUUUUUACUUCUUCGUCUGAGGCUCCUCAAUUGGCCGAGGUCAGUCGUGUGACCACCAUGUUUGCCCCGCCCACCUCCUGGCAUCCACACGUGUACAAUAAACCUCCGAGACGGCCCACGCCCUUCCUCAUUGCAGACAUCUUGGGAGAGACACAGGCGGACACCAAACGGACGCUGGACAUCAAGAGAGAUGUGAUUGACUGCACCAAACCUCAUUCAGUCUGCCUGGAUGGAAAAUGUCUGCACCCCUCCUGCUCUGCUUCGCCCGCAACUGAAAAUAACAGGAGCUACCUAAACCAACCCAACCGACCCACACACCACCACCACCAUCAUCACCACCACCGCCACCACCAACAGCAGCAACAACAACACAACCACAGCCACAGCCACAGCCACAACCAUCAUCAGCAUCACAUUUCCAGCAGUUUCAACGGCGUGAAAGGUUUGGAACCAGAGCCUCUUGGUUCUCGCCGCCAUUGUGACUACCACAGCCACCACCCGCAUGACCAUUGUGGAGGGGAGCAUCAGAGAGAUGUGGAAAUUUCCCGAUCUACGUGCAGUCCAGCCUGUGCUUCGCCUUGCUCCUCGGCCUCAGAGACAGACUGCAGUGAUAAAAAGAGGAAAUCCGAGGACGACAGUAAGGAAGAUGGCAUGAACGUCAAAAAGAAGAAGGCCCGGACGACAUUCACAGGCCGACAGAUCUUUGAGCUGGAGAAACAGUUUGAGCAGAAGAAAUACUUGUCGUCUGCCGAACGUGCGGAGAUGGCGAGUCAGCUGGCGGUCACCGAGACACAGGUUAAAAUCUGGUUUCAGAACCGAAGGACUAAGUGGAAGAAGCAAGAGAACAUCUCCAGUGCAGAAGUAGCCGAACACAAGCUCAAUGCAGAGAAGCACGUGAUCAAAGCCAAGAACAGAAAGCCCUCGGAGCCGCGGCUUGACGUCAUCGGGGGCUCACUGGAGCAGAGAGUCGGCUACGACACACCAUGCAGCGUCCUGGGGCGUCUGAACAGCCUGGUGCCCUGUGACGUCAUGGAGGUCUCGCCGGGAGCAGACGGCAAGAAAGAAAACCACGAGUUGUCCAGAUUAUGCGGCUACUCAGUCCAGCAGUUGAUUGGUAACAAGGAUGUGAGCCGGAAUAACGGGUUGGUUCUUUCGUCAACGGGAGUCAAAACUGAAGGUGCCGAAGAUCUCAGAAUGAAAGACAGGGACGAAUCGUCUUGUCUGAAUUCGUUGAUGGUCGAUGUCAACAUUGGUUUUCCUGGACAGGGCAGUCAUCGCUCUCUGAGUCAGUCAGAUAACAGGGCAACAGGUUCUCCAACACCCCCUCCAACUGAAAGGAGUUUUUCAACCUCUCUCUCUCCCGACGAAGACAGCGAGGACAAAGUUGACGUCACCUCGUUCCACACCAUAGUACCUCAAGCUGCAGCUGAGCACUCGGGUUCCAACUUGAGAGGUGCUGACGUCAGCGCUCCUACGCUAACCGACUCAGCCACCAGUCCCUCUCCUCCCCCAUGCAUUGAUCAAGACAGCGGGGAAAGUGAGCCGAGUUCGAGGAAAGAGAUUCUUCCAAGGGCAGGACAGUCUUCUCCCUUGGCGCUCACGGCAUUGCAAGGAGAAACCGACACACCAGCAGCCCGCAGUCCCCUCCGUGUGACGUGUGCAGAGACCGGAAACGACAUGGAAGUCAGAGGAAAAGAUUCCUUUGACAUAGUUUCAUGUGACGGGUAUUCUGAAAAUGAACAAUAUUCUCUAUAACUCCCACUUUCUUAGAGGCAAUAUAUUACAAUCAACGCUAUCAUCUUUAAUAAUUGAAACAGUUGUAUUAAACAGAACGUAAACUACAAGUUUCAGGUGUUCUGGUUUUCUUCUAUAACUACCAGGACGAUGGGGCGAGCUCUACUCUCGAAGCUUCAAACCUUUAAUGUCUUCUGGGGAUUGAACCCGAGCUCUUCCAGAUGCUGAUAAACCAAAGAUUAUUGUAUCCACGAACAUAUGUACGUGUGCACAGUUUUACGACAAUCAGUUUGAAUGUGACAGCAGCUGCAAACGUUUGCCACGUGAAUUGUAACUUUAAGGUUUUGCUCACAGUAUUGUCAUAGUAUUGUCUCUUUGAAAGUUUUUGUCUUUGCUAUGAUCAUUGCUAGAUGUCACUUGUGUGUUAUUGUUGUCGUUUUAAAUGAAGCUCAAGAAUUAUUUAUUGUGGAUCUGUCUUUGCAGCAAAAUAAGCUCUCUGUGAACAACAUUUAAAAAAUAAUGUAUAAGGGUACCUAUGGCCAAUGAAAAGACAAUUCUGAGAAAAUUACAAACAUAUAACAUCAAUACUUCAUACGUUUUAGUCGUUAAAUUUUGGUAUUGGACUACGAAUCAACGAUAGUUUA